CUGUACGGAUAGAUCCGUUGUGCAUCAUUGAAGAAUGCAUUGUCUUGCGUUUUGGCAUCAUCUGAAGUUGCCGACGAAAACUGCAUUUCGAAAAAUGAACGUUGCAUAUGCGUGUUUACCCUUAUCCUUUCUCCAGCAUCCUUGGCAGUUAGGGAGGCGACAAACUGAUGCUCUGCGGUAUACUGAAAAGAAUGUCGUUAGCAGCUAAUGUGGAAAAGCUAGCAAUAGGAAUUAAGUGGCGAAGAUGGUGGGUCAGUCAAGAAUUCAGAAAAAAAAAAUCUCAUAAAGGGGAAGACAUGUAGCCAAGUUUAGGGUGAACCGUAUAGCUAUUGUUCAUAAUUGUAUAUUUCAUCAAUGUAAAUAUAGCCUAUUUCUUCAGCUGUAACUUGGUCGUUCAUUAGGAUAUGCCAGUGCUUAGCUAUUUCUAAUUGCACCGGGACGGGGUCCGCAUCGAAUUAUGUGAAAUUGAGGAAUGUAAUAGCCUAUCGGAAGGAAUAGCCUAUUGGCCGGACAUUGGGGAGCCAUCAUCGCAAAGUCUGCCUGUUUUCAUGCUUUCAUCUCGCGCACACUGGUCUAAGAAAAUGUAUCGAUUUUUGAAAACGCAAUGUUUAGUAGCUAAAAAUGGGCGCUGACACUUGUUCCAUGCGGUAUAUGGCGGCUGUUUGAUAUCACGGCGCUUACCUCUGGGUUGCCAAAUGUAAUCGUUUAUUUUAUGUAAAAAAAAGAAAGAAACAUUUUUUACAGCUCUUGCUCUAAAAUGGAAUUAUAGGCUACGUGGUAAACUGAUAUCACCUUACUUAUGAACGUAUGAUAAGAAAUAAAAUGGGUGACAACAAUAAUAAUAGGCAAAUGAUUUGCAAAUGGAUAAUAUUUGCAACUGUGUAAAACAGUUACCGCCUGUUUCGUUAAACGAAUGCAGGAAUUAUUGCAGUCUAACCAGGAAGCUAUUCCAUUUCAGAUGCAGUGACAGAUCUCUCUUACACACGCAUACACGCGCGCAUACUUAUAGCGAUGCAUUCAUUUUAAACGUUCAGAAACGGUCGAACAAUGUCUUGCAAUGUCUUGCGUGCAUGCGAGGAUAAAACGGACUGAGGAAUGUGGCUGAUCUGGGGCACGAGUGGAAAAGGCAGAUGUGAGAUUGGGGAGGAUCAGGGGGAAUUACCCAGAAAGUCGUCGCUUGAAUUUACUGCCGUCGCUAUGUUACAAAGGGCGGUUCGGGAACUUGGGGAUACGAACGCGCAUUAUGACUUGUUAAAGGCUCGCGCAUUAAGCGCCUUAUUAACGAAUAGCCUAUCAUAAGAUGUGCUGCAGGUUAGCUAUCCCGUUACGGCACUUUUAGGACCCGAAUAAUUUGCCAUCUGCAACAGAGGCCGUCCGAGCUUGCCAUAUUUAAGAAUAUGAAUUCACUUUUUUGGUAUGGCGAAUGUACAGUACGCUGAAAUGUGAAUGUAUUAUGCUUGGAUGGCGCAUAGCUUAGUGUGUUGCAUGUAUUUGUUUUAAAUGUGCUUGCUAGCCUACCACAUAAUUCCUUUGCCGUGUAAACUGUAAUCGGUUGAUUACUUUCAUCCGGAAACACAGCUUCAGAGCUUUUGGUUAGCCUACAGCAAUGACCUAAAUCAUACGAACCCCCUUUUUUAAAUGUGGAUCAUUAAUCUACAUUUUCAAAUACAAUCUAGUUCACUUCAUGCAACAGUUAUGUAAUCCACUGGUGAGAAAAAUCUUUCUCGAACCCAGAAUGUUUUUUUUUUUUUUUUUUUUUUUUUUACAGUUGUGAUUAGACUAUUAAUGGCAAAUUAAUUUACCGUGCGAGCCUACUACUUUGGAACUGGUUCCGUUAAAUUUUACGGUUGGAUAUGGUGGUCGUCUAUGAAAACUGAAAGCCACAGUAUGUGAAACACACACUUACGUAACUGGAUCCAAAUUAUUACAGAGAAUCACGUGGGGUGAUGUUAUCAAAUUAUGUGGGGCUGGAUCACUGGAAUUUGAUAAUAAAAAAAAUCAAAUAAUGAUGUCAGCACAAUUUGAAUAACUCCCCCAAACCGGAAUGGCAAUCAGAUUGGCCGUCCCAUGUCACAUGGGAACACCAGUCAGAUGAAUGAAAGGUGAAUUUCUUUCUGCAUGUGGGUUAGAUACCCUCUUAUGUACUGCCGGUGUACGUUUACGCUCUGAUUUUUUACGUUUUCCUGCCAGUGUAUGUUUGGAAAAGCUCACAGUUGAUAUGUCAUCAAACAAAUGGGCGUUUGUCCCUAUCACUGUAAUGUAGCCUACAGCUGGCCGGGAAAAGGGGAUCCCAUAUUGGGGGACCAACUAAGUAAAAGCAAUCAAAUUUUGGAGGUCGAAUACACGUGACAUAGAUUUGUGGUCAACGAGCUGCUUGGAAAUUGUAGUAAGCGAUUCUGAUAUGUAGUGGCCCAGUGUAUAGGGGGUUGCCUAUCAGAGAUGUAGGGAGUGAGCAGGCAGGUCUGGUAGAUUCUGGAUUUUGGAACUGUCAGCCACCUGAAAGACAGAUGACACUACCUGUGAGGGAUUCCAUUUACAUUGUCAUAGUAGUAAGAUACUUUUGCUGAGUAGGCUUCUAUCUUUGCAAACCAUGGUUGCACAUGAGUUACUUUUUGCUCAAGGAUUUUGAAAAGUUUUCAGGAACAGCAAAAAUAAAUAAAUAAAUAAAUAUUUUUUGGAACCGGGGGUAUUGCAAACGUAGGGCUAUGUAGAACAGAAACAUAUAAUCUAUUACUGAUUCCACGACGCGGAUAAGUAAUUCAGCCAUUGGCCUCCGUGACAGUGUCUUUAGGUUUGUAAGGGACACUCCCCCUACACAAAUCAGAGUAAUGCUGCAGAUAUCUUUGGUUGUGAUUUAUAGACUCAGACUUUUAGUGUGCGUUUGUUUGGAAUUUAUGUUUUCGUGGAAAAUAAUUCGCGGAAAUAAGCGCAGGGAAACUAUUCUUUCGAGUUUCCGUGGCGAGAAGGUAUUGCGGAGGGUAAUGGGCUGUAGCUGGCUGCAGUCGGCCAAGUUCCUCUGCAGAGCCCGGGCGAGGCGAGCCCGCGUGCAGACGACGAAAUCGCGGGCGCGAGGAGACCGGAGGCAGGCAGGCGGAGCGCGGGGAGAGAGCCGCGAGCUCUGCAGGGAGACCGCACGUCACGCGUAUGGCUCACAGCCGCCUCUCAGGGGGGACGCUCACGCUCGCCUGGACCAUGAGCAAUGAGUCUACCGUAUGGAAAAACCUAACCGAAAACGCCGCCAAUGUUCCAGAAGACCCCGGCAAACAGGACAGCUAUGUCCUCCUGCUGGUCCUGCUGUCCGUCUUCCUCGGGGGGAUCCUGGUCGCUCUGUCCGUGCUGCUGAUCAUCUGCCGCCGCUGCUGUGAGGGAGAUCGCCGCUACUCCAGGGCCAGCGAUGACCCAGAGAAGACCAACACCACGUACCUGGAGGAGUCGCAGCCGGUGCAAGAGAUCACCAUCAGGGUGGACGAGUCUGACUGCCUGUCGGCGGCCAGCAGCCAUGACCAGGAGACGGAGCGCUUCCUGUCGACGGGCACCACCGGCCGCCGCGUCUCCUUCAACGAGGCCGCGCUGUACGACCACGGGAAGAAGACGCAGGAGAAAGGUCGAAGGUACACUCUCACCGAGGGCGACUUCCACCACCUGAAGAACGCCCGGCUCACCCACCUCCACCUGCCUCCGCCCGCCCUCAAGAUACUCACCAUCCACGAGUGCGAGUCGUCGGAGAACAGCAUCGCCAUGACGACACGCCCCGCCUCCAAGUCCAGCCUCUCCAUCUUCCAGCCCUCGGUUCGCCCCCUGCCCCAAACGGCCCUCACCAGCCUGAGUGCCAGUCCCAGCUCCGCCCUCCCCGGCGACGCCCUCAACUCCGUCGUGGACACCAGCUUCAGUGAGAGCCCCCCAGCCCCCAGUCCCGAAGGGCCCCGCUCCAGCUCUAUCGAGGUGAUGGGGGCGGGGUCCCGGAGCGGGAGCAGCGGCAGUGCGGGUGAGGGGGCCUCGGCCUCUGGCGCCCCCUCUGGCGGCUCUGGGCAGGGCACGGUGCUGCAGUUCUUCACCAAGCUGCGGCGCCAUGCCAGCCUGGAGGGCGCCAGCCCCUACUUCAAGAUCAAGAAGUGGAAGCUGGACAGCAGCCAGCGGGCGUCCACCUGGACACCCGAGGGUCCCCAAAAAGGAGGGCAGUUCCAGCGCCAGAGGGCGGCCAGCGAGAGCAUGGACCAGGACGACCACGACGGCCACCACAUCGACCUCAUCCAGUACAUCGCGCGCACGCACGACCUGCCCUACUGCCCCGGCCGCGCCCCCGGCCCGCCCCCCGCCGCGCCCCCGGCCACGCCCCCGGCCACGCCUUCCUGUCACCCCCCUUCCACGCCACCACCCUCCCUCGGCAGGUUAGAGGUGGAGGUGGUGGUGGAGCCCAGCUGCGCCGGAGGGAGAGGAGUGAUCGGCCUGUCUCCUGAGCCGGUGCGAGGAGGGGGGGCGGGGUCCAGCUGCCACAGGGAGAGCUCUGAGCCCCAGACUCUGUACCGGGACAUCUGGACCCUGCGGGCCUCGCUGGAGCAGUACGCCUCGUCCGACCAGAGCAGCAACAACGACCGCGACUCCGUGCGCAGCGACGCCGACAGCGUCUGCUCGCUAGGGGGCGCCGUCGAGAAGGGGGGCCUGCCCAGCUACCCCUCCCAGGACAUCGGGGACGAGCCGGAGGGGGAGGGGGGUGGGGAGGGGGACGCGGACGUGCCCCGGGAGGAGGAGGACGGGGGGGUGCAGGGAGACAGGGCGGGGCGGCGGAAGCAGGACAGCGUGGAGUCGGAGCGGGGCAGCGACGGCGAGUCGGGCAGCCGCAAGCUGCUGCAGAUGGACAGCGGCUACGCCUCCAUCGAGGCCCCCUGCAGGGCGCCGGAGGAACUGCGGCUGUUCGGCGGGCCGCCGGGGCCCAAGGACAAAACGGCGUCGGAGAAGAGGCUCUUCUUCACCAGCUCGGGCCGCAAGGGCACGGUGUGCGAGAGCCUGGAGGGCGAGCUCUACGAGGAGGAGCUGGAGGACGAGGCGGUGGGGGGCAGCGUGGAGGAGGCCGAGAGCCCCAUGGGGUGGGCGCCCUACGGGCAGAUGCUGGCCCCCCGGGAGGCGCAGCCCCACCCGCACCCGCACCCGCACCCGCACCCCCACCGGCGGGACUACAGCAUCGACGAGAAGACCGACGCCCUCUUCCACGAGUUCCUGCGGCACGACCCCCAGUUCGACCAGCAGGAGUCGCCGCUGCGCUCCAAGCACCGGUCGCGGGUGCACCUGCGCAAGCAGUGGCAGCGCUCCAAGCAGUACAGCGACCCGGGCGUGCGCUUCCCCCCGGCCCUGGAGCGCCAGCGCCACCCGCUGCGCCGCGGCGACAGCGCCAACUACCCGCUGGACGCCGGCUACCACAGCACGCUGCCCCGCAUCGUCAGCGCGCCCGACCAGGAGGAGGCUGGCGAGGGCGGGCACGGCGCCGCCCACACGACGCCCGCGGAGGAGGAGGAGGAGGACAGGAGGAAGGCCAGCCCCGGCGGCAGCACCGGCAGCGGCCGGACCGUCAAGGAAGAGGAGGACCGCGCCUCCUGCUCCCCGCCUCCUCCCCCGGCCCCCGAGCAGCCGGAGCCGGCCGAGGAGGGGGGCGGCAGGCAGGGGGGGCAAGCCCCCGAGCCCCCCUACUCCUCCCUGCCCCCCCCCGCCGCGGGCUACGGCCCGCAGACCAUCGCGGACGAGCUGACGGACAAGCUGGCCGCCUCGCUGGAGGGCGGGCUGUACGCCGCGCUCCGCCGGCCCAAGGACAGCCCCGAGUGCGUGGUGGCCGUCGCCCACGCCUCCCCCGACCACAGCCCAGUGUAGCAUGACUCCGGACCGCCCCCCUCUCUGCCCC